CGAAACGAAGCUUCCUAACUUGUUGGUGCUGAAUAAACAUCUUAUUCUUUCAGUUGGUUAAUAAUGCAUCCAAUAAAAUAGGUACAUAAACAAAUCAAUCUUUCUAACACAAGUCGUUUUUCAGCCUAGGCAAGGUCUAGAAGCCAGUAAACACAGAAAAUAUGCGUUAAUCGCAUCUUCGUCUUAUCUGGUUAACCAGCAUCUUCAGCAAGGGCCUUUAAAUGUAAGUGUUCUUAUCGUGAAGAAAACAAGACACACGUGAGUACGACUACUUAUGUAGAGUAUUUGUAAACAAAAUGACCUUAUUACAGGUUAAUAGACAUAUAUUUGAAUCAUACUGUAAAACAUAUUAGCAUGCGAUUUCCUACUUCCGUGUUUUGUAAUCCGUUGCACUGCCAGGCUCCAGAGCUCUGACAUCACAUUCUGUAUCCUAGCAACAACCACGCUAGGCAGUGUGUGUGUGAGACUGUGAGUGACUGCUGGGGUCGCCUCACAGUGCGGGAGUUGCACCGUGGAACCGGAACGGGACGAGAAGACGGUUGAAUUAUUAUUUGAAUAUGACCGAUAUGGGGAGGAAUUUAUUUUAGGGUCGCAGGUGACAAUUACCAUCUUAAUUCUGAUAAUCUACUUAGCAGCAGGUAAAAAAUGGAAAGGAUUCGCAUCAGUACAAAUUCAGCGAAGGCUGUAGACGAUUACCUGGAGUAUAAAAGGAUUGUUGGCGAAGAUGAUGGAAUACUUUUUACUCCAGAAGAAUAUGAGGAGUACAAGAAACAGGUGUUACCUACACGGUUACAAAACAGAUUGUAUGUUAGCUGGGCAGUGCCCACUGGCAUUGACUGUAAACUUAUAGGACCAGAGACCCAGUGCUUUUGCACUCACAGGUACAAACAGCACAAAACAGACUUCAAGGAGAUUCCCGAAGUGCGUCCUAUUGUGCUGCCUUGCCGGGUAAGAGGGUGCCUGUGUACAUCAUACCACUACGUGCCACUCAACGGCUCCCAGCCGGUCCGAUGCAGGUGCAAGCACUUAGCUAGUGAACACAGCGAAACAGGACAAUUCAAGUGCAAAAAAUGUUCAACCUGCAGUGGAUUUAAUAGCCCCUUUACGUGUGGAUGCGGCCAGCCCACGUUUGCUCAUGAGAUGCUUGUUGAGACUAAAGAGGAGAGGCUGGCUCGUGGCAGGCCGGUGGGGCGGGAUGUGCCGUACGCUGCCAUGGGAGGAUUGACAGGUUUCAGCUCUCUGGCAGAAGGUUAUAUGAGGCUGGAUGACAGUGGAGCAGGUGCACCACCGGUAGAUGUAUUAGAAUCCUCUGGAACUGCUCUGGACCAUACAUUUGUUAAAGCUUAUGGAGGACAGAGGCAAACACUGACAGAGGACAUAAGCACUGUCACUAAGCAAGUCUCGGACUUGAGAACCUCAGAAGAGGAUGACAUGGCUUACUUUGAACGGCGUUACCAGGAGCGAUUGAAAAUGGAGAAGACGGCAAAGCAACCAAAGGGUCCUUCAUCUACAGGCAAAUUACCGUCCAGGACAUCGACACAAACAAAGAAAUAAAUCUAUUGAAAUGUUGUGUAAUAGGAUAGUAUGCUUUACCAAUUAUUUAAAUAUUGACAAGCAUCACAGAACCAUGCCAAGAUAUGCCCAACAACGUUUACGUGAGGUUAUAUUUUAUUGAAUUACAUAACGAUAUUUUUUGUUGUUGUUGAUGUUUUUGUUGUUGCUGUUAAGUCUGUUUAUUUUCCAGACACAUUAAUAUGUCUAGACAGGUGACACUAUAAUAGUAGUACCUUCACUGGGUUUAUAAUUCAUGUUCUAGACCUUUCAAUGGUGUAAAAAUCAGGGGGGAUUGUGCCAUCAGUCCCCAGUGCUUCAAAAUGGGACCCUGAAUGUUUCACAAUUCUUUUUAAAUCAUUGUUUAAUAAUAUUUCAAGAUGUAAAAUGCAGUGUUGAUUAAUUCUUAUUAUUUUUUGUUAAGACAGUAUGUUUAACUGUUGCAAACACUCAAUCAGGAUGACUGCACUUUCAAAUUGUGUUAUCUGGUAAUACAACAUUCUGAAAGUCAUGUGAAAUGCAGACGUGUGCUUUCUUAGUUUUUAAAUGAAAUUAAACUCAUCUGUGACAUUCAUUUUUGUAGAACUGUUGUUUCAUAAAUGUGUGCAGUUUAUGUUCUACAUUUGUAUAUUAACCUUUUGUCAAAUUGACUGUCAGUACACAGCGUGUUUUAAUAAUUUAAUGAUUUUGUUACACAUGCUUCUGUUUCAUUUUAGUUGCAUACUUUUUCUCUGUGAAUUUCAGCGUGAUUAAAUAAAACAGAUAACACAAAAAUGCAUCAGGAAAUGUGGCGUUUGUGUGAGUGUUUGUAAUUGUCAACACAUGCAUUGUUAUUGUUUUCUGGGAGUAUUGGAAGAUCUGUCGCUUUAUAAGUUUAACAGCACAGCAUUUAUGCCUUAUUGACACAGUUGCUAGGCAUCCAGCUAAACUUGAUAAAUGCCAGAGAAAGAUUCCAGUGAAUAAGAUCUACAAGGUUGUCCAUUGGAAUAUCUGACCUUUUUAAUAUGGGCCAUGUGAUUGGGAUUUCAAUUUAGCAUAAGGGAUGUAAUUCAUUGGGGGAGAUGUUUCCAAGCUUAAAAAUAAUCAGGUCAAAAGUCCAUGAGUUAAGUGGAUCUUUGCCAAAUUUAACAAAAUUGAAGGAGUCACUCUACAAAAACAAAACAAACACACAAGGUUGUAUUAUUAAUUAAAGGCUUGCUGAAAUAUUAUGAAAGGGCCUUUGCUUUAGUAUUAGAUCUACUGUAUGUACUGUAUCUCACAAUUAUUUAUCAAAUGUCAUAAACUGAACAGUGAAUCCUGACAAUUUAAUGUCAACAUAAAAUGGAAAUGAUAUAAAGUGCCAGUGUGCCGACAGUCAUACUAACUGAGUCGUCAUGUCUUGUGAGAGGAACCCUUGUAAGUGUA